CAGCAGGUUGCUCUUGGUGUCCCGCAUGCACCCCUCCCAAACAUGCUGUUCUCCAUUGCCCUCCAUCUCGCCUUCCCCCAGCUCGCCGCCCCUCAACUCACCGGCCCCUACCAUCCUAGGUCAAAUCAUCGGCUUGCCGUUCAAUACACGCCGGGUUGCGUGCUCCGAAGAAGGCGAUGUCGACGACGACGCGCGGGCGGUGGCUGGAGCGAUCUAUGUACCUUCUGCGGCGGAAUGCUGCUGCGACGACGAAGUGGCGGCGGCGGCACUCCUCGCCGCGGGCGUCCUCGGGCCCGGCAGCUUGGCGGCACCCGGCGAAGGCGCAAGCGGUCCAUCGGUCUCAGAGGUCGGCGGCGACCGCAACGGCGCGGUGGCGAUAACGGCGGCGGGCAGCGGAGCGGCGGUUGUCUUCGUCGCGGUCAUCCGCGGGUCCCGCAGCGCGGCGGGACCCGGCGAGGGUGCAGACGGCACGCCGGCCCUGGGGUUUGGCGGCAGCGGCGACGGUGCGGCGGCGGCGGCGGCGGCUGCAGUCCAUGGUGCGCCACCAGCGGUGUGCGACGGCGACGAUGAAGUGGCGUCGGCGGUGGCAGGUCGCCACGGUGCAGCGGCAGCAGUGGUCGGCGAAGUGGUGAUAGCACCCCCUGCGGCGGCGGCGACGGCAGGCCAAGGCGCAGCGGUGGCAGCGGGCGGCCAAGCGGCAGUGGUCCCGGGUUCCAACUCCCGGGGAGGGUGUUCCCUUAUUGCUUGGCAGUUAAACUCAAAAUGGGUUCGGGAAAGUGGCCAGCGCGGUGGUGGAAAACUUCAACAUCCAUUUGUUCGGCACGAUCCAACACAGCCACAUCACACUCAGGCGCUACUCCUUCCCUCGCAUUAAACAUCCCCGCACUCGUCCCCGAGUCUCCUUGCAACUGCUCACCACCUUUGGGUGUUGACAUCCUGGUGUGGCAUACCGGAGCUUGAGAGGUUACAGCAGGAUUCACUACAGGAACAACAGGAACAUCAAGCACAGACAUACCAGCAACGGGAACACCAGACACUUCCCCAUCACUAACAACUCCAAUCUCAUUUUUCCAGACACAGAAUCAGAUUCGCCUAGAGAAUUCACACUACGUGUGAGGAAAAGACGAAGAGGGACGCCACUUGCUGGAGGAAUGUCGCCCGGAGGUGGAGAGGGGGUCGCCGUCGGGGAGGCAGAGGUCGUUGGAGUAGCGCCGGUCUACUGCUGCUGUUGCUGUU